AGACCUAAAGAUAUAGGAUCUUCAAAAUUUCACGUGUGUAUUAAGUGCCACUGUGGUCUAAAACAGUUGAUAGGAAGGCCACAACAAACGAAAUAACCAUGGAUGUCGCCGAUCGAACCAUUGGAAUUGCAAAAAUUAAAGAUGAACUCGCCGAGCGAUGCCAAAAACUUUUUCAUGACUUCCUCGAAGAGUUCAAAGUUGAUGAGGAACCAAAAUACCUUCCUGAGGCACAGGAACUGAUGAGGCCAGAGAGAAAUACAUUAACAGUUAGCUUUUAUGAUGUUGAGGCAUACAAUUCACAGCUGGCAACUACAAUUCAAGAGGAAUAUUAUAGAGUAUACCCAUAUUUAUGUAGAGCAGUGAGAAAUUUUGCAAGGGAUCGUGGCCAAGUUCCACCAAGUAAAGAAUUUUAUGUCAGCUUUGUGGACGUUGCUACUAGGAACAAAGUUCGAGAGCUAACAUCACAGAAAAUUGGAGCGUUAUUACGUAUCUGUGGUCAGGUUGUAAGGACUCAUCCUGUGCACCCAGAGCUUGUUAGUGGUACUUUCAUUUGCCUUGACUGUCAAACAGUGAUCAAAGAUGUUGAACAGCAGUUCAAAUAUACACAGCCAAAUGUUUGUAAAAACCAAGUGUGUCAAAAUAGAAACAAGUUCAAUCUUGAUGUGGAAAAGUCCAAGUUUGUUGACUUUCAAAAAGUAAGGAUUCAAGAAACACAAGCAGAAUUACCAAGAGGCAGUAUACCAAGAAGCGUUGAGGUGAUUUUGAGGGCAGAGGCUGUAGAACAAGCACAAGCUGGAGACAAAUGUGAUUUUACUGGGACAUUGGUUGUUGUUCCAGAUGUUUCAAAACUAAGCGUACCAGGUGCAAAAGCUGAGAAGUCAGACAGGAGUCGGCAGACUGGAGGUCAUGCUGAAGAAGGAGUAAGGGGUCUAAAAGCUCUUGGAGUAAGAGACCUUAAUUACAGACUGGCAUUUUUAGCAUGCAGUGUGACCGCAACAAACCCACGGUUUGGUGGGAAGGAUCUUUCAGAAGAUGAAAUGACGGCAGAGGCAAUUAAAAAGCAAAUGACAGAACAGGAAUGGAGAAAAGUUUAUGAAAUGAGCCAAGAUAGAAAUCUAUACCACAACUUGAUCACAAGCAUGUUUCCCACCAUACAUGGAAAUGAUGAGGUCAAGCGUGGGGUGCUGCUCAUGUUGUUUGGUGGUGUUCCAAAGAGAACAAUGGAAAAAACAGCUCUACGCGGUGACAUAAAUAUUUGCAUUGUUGGUGACCCUAGCACAGCAAAAAGUCAAUUUCUCAAGCAAGUGGAAAGCUUCUCACCUCGAGCAGUUUAUACUUCUGGAAAGGCAAGCACUGCUGCAGGUUUGACCGCUGCUGUAGUCAAAGAUGAAGAAUCACAUGAAUUUGUUAUUGAAGCUGGGGCACUUAUGUUAGCCGACAAUGGAGUCUGCUGUAUAGAUGAGUUUGACAAAAUGGAUCUCAGAGACCAGGUUGCAAUCCAUGAAGCUAUGGAACAACAAACAAUUUCUAUAACCAAAGCUGGAGUUAAGGCCACCCUAAAUGCAAGAACGUCAAUCCUUGCUGCUGCCAACCCAAUUGGAGGAAGAUAUGACAGAACAAAAUCUUUGAAGCACAACAUACAAUUGUCAGCUCCAAUUAUGUCAAGAUUUGACCUUUUCUUCAUUCUGGUAGAUGAAUGUAAUGAGGUUACUGAUUAUGCAAUUGCUAGAAGAAUUAUUGAUUUGCACAGCAGGCUUGAGCUAUCUGUAGAACGAUUUUACUCCGUUGAUGAGAUUCAACGUUACUUGACAUUUGCAAGACUCUUCAAGCCCACGAUAAACAAAGAAAGUCAAGAUUUUAUAGUUGAACAGUACAAGGCAUUGCGACAAAGGGACAUUAAUGGCAUUUCAAAGUCUUCAUGGCGAAUAACAGUCCGGCAGUUAGAGAGUAUGAUAAGGUUGUCGGAGGCAUUAGCGCGGCUACACUGCCAAGACGAGGUACAACCAAAGCACGUUAAAGAAGCAUUCAGACUGCUCAAUAAAUCAAUCAUAAGAGUUGAAACACCAGACAUUCAGUUCGAUGAACAAGAUGGUCAAGAUAUGGAAGUAGACGAAGAUACAGAGCAGCCACAGGCCGCCCAGGUGAAUGGCGAUAUCCCUAAUGGAGACUCUCACGCCAAGUCAAGUGAACCUGCCCAGAAACGCAAAUUAAAGCUGAAAUAUGAGCAGUACAUGAUAAUUGCAAAUUCCAUUGUAUCUUAUAUGAGAAAUGAAGAAGACAAAACUGACGACGAGGAAUCAGCAAUCCGAAGAACUGACGUCGUAAACUGGUACUUAAAGGAACAUGAAAGUGAAAUCGAUUCACAAGCGCAGCUUGAGGAGCAAACGUUUUUAAUCAAUCGAGUUCUGGACAAGCUCAUAUUCAGCGAUGGCGUUCUCUUGGCACUGAAGGAACCCUUAAAAGCAACAGAUGAAGAAGCAGUUCCAGCCGAGGAUGAAGACAACCCGUAUCUCGUUGUUCAUCCAAAUUACGUCAUCGAGUAGAAAAAUGGACACUGGAACAUUUUUAUGAACUGUAAAAAGGUAUUUGGUAAUCCAGAUUGGCCCCUGGAGGAGUUGAAUACCAUCAUGAUACAGCAGGGGCCCCCUUAGAGGAGAAGAGAGGCAAUCUUUAGCAUAACAAAUGUAUAAUAUUGGAUAAAAUUUCUUGUAUCUAC